GGCGCGGCACCGUGCAGCUGCUCCACGUGCAAGGAGUCCUGCGUCCCAUCGGACUACCCGGAAACGCACAGGUCUUGGAAGAUACUCGGAAUCAGUGGCUUCACCUUGCUGGCAGGCACCGUCUAUGCAAUCUUCUUUGUGGUCGUCGUGACGCUCUAUCUCAUUGCACGUCUCAAGAAUUCCCACACUCCUGGUGGUAGUGUCAACGCAUGCACUUCUUCUGAAUUUUCUGACGACGCACCUCUGUACGCAAAGGAUGGCUCAGCAUCGAACUCUAGCCGUCCUGCAGAGAGCGCUGGUGGCCCAAUUUUCAAACUGGGGUCGGCUGUGUGCUCGUUGGCCCGUGACGGUUGUUGUGACGUCCCUGCUUGCCGUGGCCAUCUGUUGCGCCGGUCUUGCCUUCUUCACCAUUCGCACCAAUCCCGUUGAUCUGUGGUCGGCGCCCAUGAGCCGGGCGCGCAUGGAACGGGAGCAGUUCAACCAAGAGUUUGGGCCUUUCUACAGGGUUCAGCAGGUGGUAAUUACACGUAAUGGAGGCCAGCCAUUCCCUUACACGCUUCACCUGAAGCGGUACAACCUGACCGUCAACUUUGGUGCAGUUUUCGACAAGGAGUUUCUCCAUCAGGUGGCUGUGCUGCAGGAGAAGCUUCUGGGACUCUCUGCAGAGUAUGAAGGGCGAAAAGUCACCUUGGAGGACAUCUGCUUUUCGCCUCUUAGCAACGGGAAGUGCAUGAUUCAGUCGCCCCUCAACUGGUUUCAAAACAACGUCUCGCACCUGGACUUGGUGUACAAAAACAAGACCUACCUUGAUCAUCUUUUCUUCUGCUUCAGUUCGCCGCUGUCACCCAGUGAUGAAGGUUUCGGUGGUAUGCCUUGCUUGGGCGAGUAUGGUGGGCCUGUGUUCCCCUACGUUGGUCUUGGCAACAUCGAUGGCGACCAGUAUCCUUCGGCGUCCGCACUUGUCAUCACGAUUCUCGUGAACAACCAUGUGAAUGCAUCGCUUCUUGGACCUGCCAUAGCCUGGGAGCGAAAGUUUAUUGAUACACUCAAGAAUUUCUCCAGUGAAAACAUGAGCAUUGCUUUCUUGUCAGAGAAUUCCAUAGAAGAUGAGCUGGAGAGGGAGAGUCGGUCUGACGUGUUUACCGUCCUGCUCAGCUACUUUGUCAUGUUUGUAUACGUGUCUCUUGCCCUGGGCCAGUACCGUUCCUUCAGGACUGCACUGGUGGACUCUCAGGUGACACUGGGCUUGGCAGGCGUUGUCAUAGUUCUCGCCUCGGUGGCCUCCUCGCUAGGCUUGUUCAGCUACUGGGGCACACCGGCCACCCUGAUCAUCAUCGAAGUCAUCCCUUUCCUCGUGCUCGCUGUUGGCGUGGACAACAUUUUCAUUCUUGUCCAGGGAUUUCAGAGAGAUAAUGGGUCUGAAGAGGAGCCUAUUGAAGACAAGGUGGCACGAGUGGUUGGGAACCUUGGACCAUCACUGCUCCUGGCUAGCUUCUCAGAAGCUACUUGCUUUUUCCUAGGGGGCCUGAGCACGAUGCCCGCUGUGAAGACGUUUGCCCUGUAUGCUGGUCUUGCGCUCCUUGUCGAUUUUCUGCUCCAAGUGACCUGCUUCGUCGCUCUGCUCUCGCUCGAUGCAAAGAGGCAGAGGAUGCAACGAAUGGAUGUAUGCUGCUGUAUUUCGGGAUCACAGACAAUCUUCAUUGAGGAUGGGCCUUCGCAAGGAUUCUUGUACAGACUUUUUGAGAACUACUAUGCCCCUGCAUUGAUGAAGGAACCGAUUCGUCUGACUGUGAUGUUGGUGUUCGUUGGAUGGGCGUGCUUCUCAUUUGCGGCUCUUGGAAACACCAAGAUAGGUUUGGACCAGGAGAUAUCUAUGCCUCUUGAUUCAUACCUCCAGGACUACUUUCGCAUGCAAAAGACUGCUUUGGCCGUUGGGCCGCCACUCUACUUUGUGGUCCAGCCGGGCUACAACUACACCCGCUACGAGGACCAGGAUCUGAUUUGUGGCUUGCCUGGAUGCAGUUCGCAGUCGCUGUACUCGCAGAUCAGCCUUGCUGCAGUCUACAAUAACUUGACAACCAUAUCCCAGCCCCCUAUGUCCUGGCUUGAUGACUAUGCCACUUGGACCAAGACAUCAUCUUGUUGUGCAAUGGACAACGCUACAAUGGUCUUUUGUCCUCGCAAUCACACAGGGCCGAAGACCUGCGUGCCCUGCUUGUCCAAACAGAAGCACCAGGAGCGUCCUGUUGGCGAUACAUUCCAGAGAUUCCUCCUGGACUUCUUGAAUGACAACCCUGAUGCCACGUGCCCCAAAGGGGGUCAUGCUGCCUAUGCUAAUGCAGUGCAGAUCUACAAGAACGGCUCUCGUAUCGGAGCGACGCAGUUCAUGACUUAUCACACAGCAUUGUCAGGCUCUGACGACUUCACGCGUGCGCUUAGGAUGGCGCGAUUUGUGGCCGAUAACAUCACACACGAGCUCCAAGCUUCCUCGUCCUCCCAUAAUGCCACAGUGUUUCCUUAUAGCAUCUUCCACGUGUUCUACGAGCAGUACCUGACAAUCGAGGCAGAGUCUGCGGUGCACCUGAGCAUCUCGCUGGUGGGCAUCUUUGGCAUCACCUUUCUGCUGCUCGACCUGAACCUGAACGCGGCCGCGAUUGUCUGCCUCACGAUCGUCAUGAUCAUAGUGGACCUGCUGGGCAUCAUGUACUUCUGGGAUAUUGCACUAAACGCCAUCUCUCUAGUCAACCUCGUCAUGGCUGUCGGCAUAUCUGUGGAGUUCUGCUCCCACAUUGUCCGGGCUUUCCUCGUGAGUGGACAGCCCUGUCGUGUCUCGCGAUCUGAAGAGUCUCUAGCAACAAUGGGGAGCUCGGUGCUGUCGGGCAUCACGCUGACCAAGUUUGGUGGUGUCGUGGUGCUGGCCUUUUCGAAGUCGCAGCUGUUCAGAGUUUUCUACUUCCGCAUGUACCUGUCCAUUGUGCUAGUGGGAGCUGCUCAUGGGCUCAUCUUCCUACCUGUUCUGCUGAGCUACAUAGGGCCCUUCAAGUCGAAGUCCGUGACAUCAAGAUCAAAAUGAAUGUAUAAUUUUUAUCUUGCCACUCUGUGCAUAGAUUAAGUUUUAUUGUACAAAGGAUAUAUAUAAAUAUAAAUACGCGCGUGUGUACUAGAUUGUUGCUAUUGUGGUGACAAUAGCAGCUGAUGUCAUCCGAGUGCCUGCCUUGCCAUUUGUUUGCCUACUGUUAAACAGAUUUAAAAUUUAAAUAUUUUGUUGAUCUUAACUAUUACAUGUUUUACUUUGCCUGAAAUAGGAGACUCGGGUGAAACAAAAUGGCUCAUACAUUAAAGUGAAACGGCACAUUCUGUAUCUGAAUACUUAAGACUCUGUAAGUAAUGCAUUUUCACUUAUUGCCUGCAAAAGCAGAGUGAAAAUCGGCAUGUGCCUUACACACUGAGGCAAAGCCGAGGUGUUAUUUUAGGUGAUACUGAAUUUUGUACCGAUAGUCUUCACUAAUUUAAAGAAAAUUGAGAUCUUCUCGGUUGUGUAAUCUCAGGUUUAUUUGUUUCCUGACUUUAACAGUGUUUUAUGCAAUAAAAUUGUUGAACUGUUG